AUGGGGGCGGCGCGCCACCUCCUCGGCGUGGCGAUGCUCUGCGCCUUGUUCGCCUCCGCCGCGUCCUUCACCGACCCCCCUGAUGCAUUAGGACUUUGGGGGUUAUAUCGCACAUUGGAGUCGCUGUGGCAGCUCUCUGGUUGGACAUUCCAGGGCGGUGAUCCAUGCGGUGAGGGUAGAGGGAGUAAACACUGGCGAGGCGUCGUUUGCAAGGGAUCGUCCAUUGUCGCAAUAAAUAUUAGCAGGCUCGGAGUUGGAGGAUGGCUUGGCCCAGAUAUGCUAAAGUUUCAGUCGUUGAAAAAGCUGGACAUGAGCUUCAAUAACAUUGCUGGUGAAAUCCCUCCCACUUUGCCCCCAAAUGUGGAAUACUUAAAUCUGGCAGCCAACAAGUUUGAAGGGAAUAUACCAUCAUCAUUACCAUGGUUGCACUCCCUAAAAUAUCUGAACUUUAGCUACAAUAAACUCUCUGGAGUAAUUGGUGAUGUUUUUGUUAACAUGGAUAGCUUAGAAACGAUGGAUCUGUCAUUCAAUGCUUUCAGUGGUGACCUACCAAGAUCGUUUAGCUCAUUGACGAACCUUCGCUAUCUUUAUCUACAUCAUAACGAGUUCACAGGAUCUGUGAUUUUGUUAGCAGGCCUUCCAUUGUCAUCCCUCAAUAUUGAAAAUAAUCACUUCAGUGGCUAUGUUCCUGGACCAUUUCAGUCCAUUCCUGAGCUGAGGAUUGAUGGAAACCAAUUUCAACCUGGUUUCAAACAUGCAUCGUCCUCAUUUACUAGGAGGACCCCUCCAGAUCCACCUCAAUCUUUGUCUCCACCUCCAACUCAAUCUCCACCUCCAACUCAAUCUCCACCUCCACCUCCACCAGCAGCUAAACAGAAACCAAAGCAAAGGCCAAAAUCUCUAAAGCCUUCUUUUGGUUAUUCUUCUCUGGAAAAUAAUAGCCACCAUAGGAAGUCACACUCUCGAGUGACAGCUGCUGCAAUAGCUAGUGCCACAUGUACAGUGUUUGUACUCCUCAUUGUUGGAUUGGUUCUGAAAAGUCAGAGAAGCUGUUCAUGCAACCCUAAGAGCACCUCUAACCAUGCCAAGACUUUACCAGCCAAUAUGGAAACAGUCCCUAAAGCAAAUGAGGUCCUGUACUCUUGGAGUUCUCUAUUGAUUGGCAGUGAUACUUCAUCUAGUAAUGGCAUUACAUCUGAAAGAGUUCCCAAAAUAAAAAGUUGGUUCAAGACAUCUAAAAACCUUCUAACUGCAAAGCAGUUUCCAGCUGCGGACAUUCUAGCGGCUACCAGGGACUUCAAUGAAGAAUGUUUUAUUGGUGAAGGUCUCACUGGCCGAGUUUAUAGAGGUGAUUUUUCUGAUGGCCAGCUCCUGGCUAUCAAGAGGAUUGACAUGGUAGAUCUGUCAUUAUCAGAACAGGAUGAAUUAAUGGACAUGCUUUGGAAUAUCUCCAGAUUAAAGCACCCCAAUAUCAGUGCGCUUGUGGGAUAUUGUGUGGAAUUUGGACAUUGUGCGCUUCUAUAUGAGUACGCCGAAAAUGGCUCUCUUGCUGAUAUUCUGUUUUCAGCAGCCACAAGAUCCAGGGCUUUGUCAUGGAAAGCUCGGAUGAAGAUUGCUCUUGGAGUUGCCUAUGCUCUGGAAUACAUGCACUUGACGUGUUCCCCUCCAGUUGCCCAUGGAAAUAUUAAAGCUAGAAAUAUUUUGCUUGAUGCUCAGCUCAUGCCCUACCUCUGUGACAGUGGGUUAACCAAGUUAAGCCAUUUUGUCAACACCACAAGAAUGAAGGAUUCAGAAGCUAUCACCAGUGCUAAAGCUAUGCUGCCCCUGAGCUCAGUGAUCCAGGAGCAGAUGGCAUCAAAGCUGAUAUUUACAGUUUUGGUGUUAUUUUGCUUGUGCUUUUGA